AUGGCUACCCAAACCUAUACAGGGCUGUCAGCCUUUGUCAAAAACCUCGCACGAUCGCACGACCCGGGGCUCGAUGCCUCCUUCCGCGCCCAGAUCGCCGCAAAUGGCGCAAAGCAGAGUCCCGUCGUCCUUCCGGGCCCUGAUUCCUCAGAGAAGGCUGCCCUCGAGGGAGAGCUCGCUGCCCUCGCUGCCCGCGUGCAGUACCUCGAGGCCAAGGCCAAUGUCGUAGACAACCACACAUUCCCCAUGACGCCUGGGGAGCCCGCCAACGGACCUUUUCUGUACACUCCUUCCUCCGCUCCCGCCGCCCGCAACGGCGGCCCACCAGACCGCCGCGGAUCAGAAAAGCGAGCCACCUGGGUCAGCAACUGGCUGGCCGCGAAGGAGUCCGGUGCCGACUCUGCUGAGCCUGCCGCCGCGCUCACCGAGGAGCAGCUCAACUACCUGCGGGAUCACCUGAACAAGCAGGCCGACCAAAUAAAGAACCAGCGCGAGCACAUCGACAACCUGAGCGCCGAGGUCAACAAGCAAUUAAACAACCAGAACACCGCAUUCGCACAUGGCAUCGAGGAUAUUGGCGCUCUCAAGCGAGAGCUUGGAAAGCACCAGCAGGCCAACCUGGCUUUUCAGAAGGCGCUACGGGAAAUCGGGAGCAUUGUUACAGCUGUCGCUAUGGGCGAUCUGAGCAAGAAGGUUCUGAUCCACGCGAAAGAGAUGGACCCCGAGAUCACACUUUUCAAGCGCACUAUUAACCGCAUGGUGGACCAGUUGCAGGAUUUUGCUAGCCAGGUCACUUUCCUGGCCAAGGAAGUCGGAACCGAGGGCAGGCUCGGUGGCCAGGCAGAUCUACCUGGCGUCGACGGUAUUUGGGCCGAGCUUACUGAUAGUGUCAACGUGAUGGCCAAGAAUCUCACCGAACAAGUCCGUGAGAUCGCGAUAGUAACCACUGCCGUAGCGCACGGCGACCUGAGCAAGAAGAUUGAACGACCCGCUAGAGGAGAAAUUUUGCAGCUACAGCAGACGAUAAAUACCAUGGUGGACCAGCUGCAAUCCUUUGCAACCCAAGUCACCAAAGUCGCCAGAGAUGUCGGCACCGAGGGCAAACUGGGUGGCCAGGCCGAGAUCGCCGGAGUUCAGGGCAUGUGGAACGAGCUCACAGUCAAUGUUAAUGCUAUGGCUCAGAAUCUCACAACACAGGUCAGAGAUAUCGCCCAGGUCACAACUGCCGUCGCUCAAGGAAACCUUACACGGAAAGUCGAAGCCGAGUGCAAAGGUGAAAUCUUGGAAUUGAAGAAUACUAUCAAUCUGAUGGUGGACCAGCUACAGCAGUUUGCACACGAAGUCACAAAGAUUGCCCGAGAGGUCGGUUCGGAAGGUCGACUUGGUGGCCAAGCUACCGUUCACGGUGUCGAGGGAACUUGGAAAGAUCUCACAGAGAACGUGAACGGUAUGGCCAUGAACCUUACAACACAAGUGCGAGAAAUUGCCGAAGUCACAACUGCUGUCGCGCGUGGAGAUUUGAGCAGGAAAGUCAAGGCCGAAGUCCAGGGCGAGAUUCUGUCUCUGAAGAUCACCAUCAACACGAUGGUUGACCGUCUGAACACAUUUGCCCAGGAAGUGAGCAAGGUGGCUCGCGAAGUGGGCACAGACGGUAUCUUGGGCGGCCAAGCGCAAGUCGAUAAUGUGGAGGGCAAAUGGAAAGAUUUGACCAACAACGUCAACACCAUGGCUCAGAACCUUACUUUGCAAGUGCGAAGUAUCUCCGAGGUCACUCAGGCCAUCGCCAAGGGUGACAUGAGCAGGAGAGUACAUGUAGACGCAGAGGGUGAAAUUCGACUUCUAAAGGACACUGUCAACGACAUGGUCACCCGCUUGGACGACUGGUCGCUAGCCGUAAAACGCGUUGCUCGCGAUGUCGGUGUUGACGGAAAGAUGGGUGGUCAAGCCGAUGUUCAAGAUAUUGAUGGAAGAUGGAAAGAGAUCACGACCGAUGUCAACACCAUGGCCCAAAACUUGACAUCGCAGGUGCGUGCUUUCGGCGACAUCACUAAUGCAGCCAUGGAGGGCAAGUUCACGCAAAUCACCGUGGAGGCAUCUGGUGAGAUGGACGAACUGAAGAGGAAGAUCAAUCAGAUGGUGGCCAGUCUUCGCGAGAGUAUCCAGAGGAAUACUGCUGCAAGGGAAGCAGCCGAGCUGGCGAACAAGACCAAGUCUGAGUUCCUGGCGAACAUGUCGCACGAGAUCCGCACGCCCAUGAACGGCAUCAUCGGCAUGACUCAACUCACUCUCGACACCGACCUCACCCAUUCGCAGCGCGAGAUGCUUACUAUCGUCCACAACUUGGCCGGUCAGCUCUUAACUAUCAUCGAUGACAUCCUGGAUAUCAGCAAGAUCGAAGCGAAUCGGAUGGUCAUGGAAGAGAUUCCGUUCUCGUUACGAGGCACCAUAUUCAACGCUCUCAAGUCUUUGUCAACAAGGGCAAACGAGCGAAAAUUGAACCUCGCUUACGACGUUUCGUACGACGUCCCUGACUACGUUGUUGGUGACUCCUUCAGGUUGAGACAGAUUAUCCUGAACCUAGUGGGCAACGCUAUCAAGUUUACUGAGCACGGAGAAGUCAAGGUUACCAUUUCCAUGGCUGAAGAUGAGCAGGAUGCGCGCCAAUACGUCUUCCAGUUCGCAGUAUCGGAUACUGGCAUAGGAAUCCAUGGCGAUAAACUCAACCUCAUCUUCGAUACCUUCCAGCAGGCGGAUGGAUCAACAACACGUAAAUUCGGUGGUACCGGCUUGGGCUUGUCCAUUUCGAAACGACUCGUCACGCUCAUGGGCGGCAGGAUGUGGGUCACUUCAGAUUACGGAAAGGGCAGUGUGUUCUACUUCACCUGUAAAGUCCGUGCCGGAAAUCCAGACCUGAGUGCCCUCCAACAACAGAUUGCGCCCUACAGCAAGCACACUGUGCUGUUCGUAGACCAGGGCCAUACCCGCUUCUCCGAUCAGAUCGAAGAACAUCUGAAGAUGCUCGACCUCGUGCCGAUCGUGAUUAACUCGAUCGAUGAAGUACCGGCUCCAGCCAAGCCUACUGCGGACAUGGGCUUCGAUUGCGUUAUUGUCGACAAUGAACAGACGGCAAGGGAGCUGCGGACUGCCGAGCGCUUUAAGUAUAUCCCACUGGUAAUGCUUACACCGCGCGUGUCAAUAAGCCUUCGCUCAGCCCUUGAAAACGGCAUCUCGAGCUACAUGACUACACCUUGCUUGCCAAUCGAUCUCGGCAACGCCCUCAUUCCUGCGCUCGAUGGGCGCGCCGCCCCAUUGGUGUCGGACCACUCGAAAUCGUUCAGCAUUCUCCUAGCAGAGGAUAACGCUGUCAAUCAGAAGCUCGCUGUCCGGAUCUUGGAGAAGUACCACCACCGCGUCACCGUGGCCAACAAUGGCCUGGAAGCGUUUGAGCACAUUCAGAAAAAGCGAUACGAUUGCGUUCUUAUGGAUGUGCAGAUGCCUGUGAUGGGUGGCUUCGAAGCGACAGCCAAAAUCCGCGAAUGGGAACGCGAAAACGCCAUCCCGUCGACGCCCGUCAUCGCGCUCACCGCCCACGCCAUGGUCGGCGACCGCGAGAAGUGCCUCGCCGCCCAAAUGGACGACUACCUCAGCAAACCGCUCCGUCAGAACCAGCUCAUCCAGACGAUCCUCCGCUGCGCCACCAUGGCGGGCACCCUCUACGACCACGAGCAGCGCCACUCGAUGGAGCACAUGACGGCGCCCGACCUGUCGCUCCCGCAAGACAGCCACAGUCCCGGCGGGACGCCGUCCAAGGGCGUGCGCGGCAGGCCGCAUAUAGAGGCUAGGGGGUACACGGAGCGCGGGGGCGCCGCGCAGGGGAGCCCGUCACUGCUGGCGGCGGAUCAGUCGGAUCCUGUAGAUAGAGUAAGUAAAAGACUGAAAAGGGGGUGGGAGUGUAUUUAG